AUGGAACGGUCCAGCUUCGAUUUGGCCGUGGAUAGCGUUCGUGAUUCAGACAAAAUGUCUCUCCUCGGCUCCGGUGGGGUUGCAGCUGAGGUAUUCCUCACGGGUGGGGCAAUGGAGCGUUUCAUUGGAGAGGCGGGUCUCGAUGAAGAAAAACUUGGUGGCAGAGGGGGCACAGAAUCCCGAGAGAUGCUAGGUCUACGACUACUCAAAGAACCAGAUGGCUUUCGUUUGGCAUUGAAUAUGGGAAGCUUGGACGCUCUUGGAAUGCCCGAAACCCUUGGAGUCCCAGAAUCCAUCCUUGAUGCAGUAGACCGCGAGAACAAUAGAGAUCAUCGCAUGAUAGAACGCUAUCAAUCGAUAUCGAAGCCCUGCACGCAGGAUAUAGUCAAGAGCUACGAGAUUGCUAUGUCGUCGGUUGCUGGCAGACCAGCGGAGGUCAAUAAGCUUGGUUACAUUGCCGCCAACUUGUAA